GCUGUUGAUACUGUAGUUUGGAGUCACCAAGACUCAGAACUGAAUAUAGCAGCGCUCGUACAUCGCUCUGAAACAGUUUUUUAAACCCCCAUUCCAAUAUUUUAUGACUUGUACAUUUGUGUAAAUAGACAUUUUCUAUUUUUUAUAACGAGACAACAACAAGAUGGAACUUAAUUCUCUUUUAAUGCUACUGGAGGCUGCAGAGUACUUGGACAGAAGAGACAGAGAGGCAGAACACGGUUAUGCGUCUGUUUUACCGUACAGUAGCGACUUUUCCAGAAAGAAAACGAAAGCCUCGCCAAUUUCCAGAAAAACUCAGAACAAUAGAUCGUCGCACAAUGAGCUGGAGAAACACAGAUUUAUCUUUGGUGGGCCCAGACCCUCAAGCAGGACCCCACCCCACUUCUCUACAACCUCCUUCCAGAAACGUGCCAAACUACGGCUGUACUUGGAGCAGUUGAAGAAGCUGGUGCCUUUGGGUCCAGACAGCACGAGACACACCACACUGAGCCUCCUGAAAAGGGCCAAGAUGCACAUCAAGAAGCUGGAGGAGCAGGACCGGAAGGCUUUAAACACCAAGGAGGCGCUGCAGAGAGAGCACCGCUACCUCAAACGCCGCCUGGAGCAGCUUUCUGUGUCCGGAUCUGUGGAGCGCAUCCGCACCGACAGCAUGGGCUCCACAAUCUCCACCGACUCUGAGCAAGAGGUGGACAUCGAGGGCAUGGAGUUCACUCCCGUCGAGGCGGACAGCGUGGACAGCAUCAGCGACGGCGAGGAGGAGGAGGACCACUACAGCCUCCAGAGCAGCUCCAGCGACACCAGCUACACAGCCACACAUUCCCACAGACUGCAGCCGCACCACUGUUAGACACCGUGCGGCCAUCCACCUCCCAACCAGCUCCCCCGCCCACGCUUCCCUCCCCUCACCUUCCCCAGCCGUUCGCAAUCGCCUACCUACAUCAGACCGGUCCACAACGGCGGUGCACCCUCAACCUGAUCCUCCUGUCCUGGCCCCGGCUCUCCAGGAAGCACAUGGGGCUGAAAUGCCACUCAAGCCUUCCUGACCACCCGCCCCCCCAACCCUGACCACUGACCCUACCUCACCCUACUGUAUCCUGCCUGAACCUGCCCCUCCUCACACGCCCUGCCCUCCCACUGCCCUCACAACCCCCGACCAUAAAGAGCAGAGCAGAGUUUGUGGUUUUAAUGGGGACUUCUGUGGUGGACAGCUUUGACUUGUUAAUCAGGGUCUUGUAAAGUAAGUGUGUGUGUGUGUGUGUGUGUGUGUGUGUGUGUGUGUGUGCGUGCGUGUGCGUGUGUGCGUGCAAGAGUGGAACAAGCGAGAAGGUUUAAGAGAAGUCAAAAAUAUAAGCUCCAUGUCAUCUCCAUGACGUGAUAAAAAAAAGUGCUGCAACAAUUAGUUGACUAAUCAAAUGAGUCGACAGAAAAAUAAUUGCCAACUAUUUUCAUAAUCGAUUAAUCAUUUAGGUAAUUUUUCAUGCAAAAAUGUCAGAAAAUGCAGCUAUUAGCCUCUCAAAAUUUGGACAUUUCCUGCUUUUCUUCUGUUUUACAUCAUAUUAAACUUAAUAUAUUUGGGUUUAAAACGAAUGAGAAGCAGGGAUUUACUUUUUUUGCCCCAACUAUUUUCUGACAUUUUAUAGACCAAAUGAUGAAUCCAUUAAUCGAAAAAAGAAUUGGCAGUUGUGGUUCUGUAAAAUAGGACGUCAACAAACUAAUUCAAACCUUCUUUGUGGCCGAUUUUUGGCCAGAGACAAACUGAAAAAGUGACCGAGCUGUAGCAGAGAAGAAAGAAUGUAUAUAGCUGUACAGUUACCCUCAAGUCUCCCUCUGGUUGGGUUGCCUAACCACUACUCCACACUACUGACCACUACACUAUACCACCCUAUGGUGUGGAUGGACUACUGUGUCAAUAAAAAAAAGGAGUUGCCUCGAAACUCAAACUCUAUUCCUUAAAGAUUGAUUCAAAUCUUGUGAUUCCUUCUCAGUAGCGAAUUGAUGUAGCAAUAAAUACGAGAGGCGCGUGCUUCCUCUGAGUGUUUAAAUCAUUCUGGUGGACCUUAAGGUGUCACGGGAGACUUUUCCCUUUUCCCUGUAAAUGGCUAGUGUGAGCUCACAGAGAGCGGACCUGCAGAAAGAGGAGUCGUCCUCCUUUUUCUUUUUCACUAAUGGAUCCUUCUCUUUGCUUCACAAACAUCAUUUACACAGAAUUCGCAUUUCUCUACAGCUUUGUUACUUUUUCAAGCAGUGUUCAUGUGUGUGUGGAUGUUUUUGUUAUUUAUGAUUAACAAGUCAAAGCUGUAAAUGUGGAGAAAAAAUAUUAAAAUAACAAAAAGGGCCAGCUCUAAGGAUUUGUUUUGAAUGGAAUCCCUGAAAGGCAAGUGAGAGAAAAAAAUCUGCUCUAAAUAGUUUUCUCUUCUGUGUUUAUGACUGAAAAAAAGUGGUGCCUGGAUAAUUUUCCAUUUUUUCCAUUAUUUUUUUAAAUUUGUGAAACAAGUGGGGAAAAAGUCAGAUGAUUUUUUUAUGAAGUUUUAAAAAAAAUGUUUUUAAUCUUUUAUCUGUGGAAAGAAUGGUAGGUUAUUAUUAAUAUUAUUUCUUUAAUGGUUAUUAUUUUCACUAUUAUUAUUAUUAUUAUUAUUAUUAUUUGCCAGGAUAAUUUUCCUUUCUUUUUUCUUUUUUCUUUAAUAAUUUCUCUGGCUGUUUGUUGUCUUAAUACUACAAUGUAGAAAAAUUAUCCUCACUAAAAUCGGUUGUUUCACAGGUGAUAAAAAAAACCACAUAUUUUUCACAUCUUCUCAGGUCAUAAACACAGCAGAGAAAACAAUUAAGAUCAUAUUCAGAAAAUGGAUCUCCAGAGUUUUUAUUUCUUACUCUCCUCCGGGGCUUCCGUAGUUCUCUGUAGAGGCGUUCAUUUUAUCUAACUUAGCAGACUAAUCAAUUCAGUUAAGCUUUUAAUUUCUAUAAAAAGCCUAAUAAUCUUGUUUCCUCUCUGCUAUCUGUUACUUAUUUCUGGAGGUUUCUGGGCACUGCUGAAGACCAAUGUAGAUGGAAAAAAACUUUUUAUUUCUAACUUGUCUGUAACUUAUGCACAAUAGUCACGUUUGAUUGACGGAGGAGGCGCUUCUGUCGCUCUCUGACCAUUUAAUAAUCAUUAGUCUCUGGCAGUCUUUAGAGCUUGGCGUCCCAACACUUCAAACUAAAAAAUAUAAAUAAAAAGGACCAGUCCACCAUGGCGGGUCUGACCAAAAAAAUAAAAAGACUCAAAAGAAAACAGAAAAAACUUGCAUACAAAAGAAGCUAUGUGUCACUAAAAGUGAUAUUAGCCAGUGUAGUCUAUAUUUCUUGUAUUAAAUUUUGUAUUAUAUUUUCCUAAAUGUUCUCUUGUAAUGAAAAGACAAAAAAGAGUGAAUAUAUCUAUCUAUAUAUAAAUAUAUAUAUAAAUAUAUGAGAGACAGACAGACGUGAGGUCAGGCUUGUUGAAGGGAGAGUGGGGGCAGGGGAGCUGAUACACUGGCCCCUCUCCCUUGGGUGACUCUCCUGCUGUCAUUCUGUGCCUUGGUGAGCCUUCGACCUCCCUCCUCCUCCUACACCUCCUCCUCCUCCUCUUCCUCCCACCUCCUCGCCCCCCCCGGUCCCUACUCAGGUCACACUCUCCUCCCCUUAAUCUCAUCCUCCUUCUUCUUCUCUGGCGGGGCUGAAAAAAAGCUUUGAUUUCAACCCUUACCAUGCCAAAACACUUCCAGGGGCACUUGAAGAGAAGACCUCAUUAUAAAUACAUUUGAAAAAAAUAAAAGAAGCCCCUUUGGUCUCUACUGAGCAGCCGCUGUUGUCGUACACCCUGACCCUCUUGACGCCCGCUCGUCUGCCAGUGCCGCCUCUGUCACAGAAAUUUUCAAAAAACCACACACUGGUAAACUCCCAUGGCAGCUUCCAGUCGCCCCCGAAAUGGUCAACAUCGGGGCUCAAAACUUCUGGGCUUGAAGCGUGUUUAUCUUUUUUUUUGUUUUUGUCAUUUUACUAUUAUUGUAUGUUGACUUUGUGUUUGUUCAAUGGGAGUCACUGGGAGAGGAGCGAUAGAAUAAUCCAAUCGAUGGCAGCUUAAAAGGUGUAAUCCUCCGCGCUCCCGGUGGUCCGUCCCAAAAAUAGUGUUACCCGUUGAUCAGGGGACCUCUUGAGACACAGCAAUAUUACCAUCUUGUGCUUUCUGAGGGAGGGUGGGCGGGCAGGGUUUUUAAGACAAGCAGGUGGUUUUGCUUUUGACUCUGUGGUGCAUUUUUUUUUUAUUUUAUGACCAACUCUAUAUUUUGUUUUGAUGAAUUUGACCUCCUAUCUGCACUCUCUCCAUACACUGCAGGAGGGCAAACAAAUAACUUAGAGUUCAAAGAAAAAAACUUUCUUGGAAACGCUGUUUUUUUUUUUGUUUUUUUCUAUUUGUCAUCAAGAGUUUACAUUAAUGUCAAAGGAUUUGAACCUGACUGUUUGUAUCAGAAAUGUCCUUUUUCAGUUUGUUGGUCAAAUGAACAACAUUAGCAAACCACAUUUAUGGCGUAAAGUCAUUCUCUUGCACAGAACCUCCCAUCAGAAAAGUGACAGAGUGAAUGGGACGAGGGCCAGAUAUGAGAUUACAAUUAUUCAGUGGCAUCAUUGAAAAAUGUACAUAGCACAAACUCAGAUUAAGUGGCUUUGAAUGGAAGCCCAUUUCUGCCGGGAAAAAGAAAAAUGAGACAAUGAAAAAAGAUCCUCUCAAGUCCUUCUCAAAAACUUUCUCAAAAUAAUGAGAAACUUUCUCAACAAAAAAAAAAAAGAAGAUAUUUAGAGAUUAUUUUUGGGGAGGUUUAUCACUAUUUUGAGAUACUUAGUCAUCAUUUUGAGAAGUCAUGCUUUUUUGAAACCAAGUCAUUAUUCGAAGAAAGUUAUUAUAAUAACUUUCAGAAUCUUUUUUUCAUCUAUUUGGCAGAAAGGGGCUUCCACAGCAGCUCUGAGCAGCGGACUGGAUGUGGUAACAUUUUGCUUGAAUGCUGGAUGGAUAGUGUUUAUGGAAAUUAUUUUAAUGGUGUGCCUUUGGAAAAAAAAAGUUAUUUUCUUUAAAAAGCAGAGAUUGUACUAAUUAAUGUUAAGCUGUUUAAUCAGUCACAGUUGCUCUUAUUUUUAAGCUGUCGGCGAGGCAACGAGAGAUGUUCCGGGUUCUUUCUUCAUUGCAAAAACAUAAACAUUUCUGUCAAGGAGCUGAAGGAGGCUCAUUUCAUUGAACUCCUGUUAAGAUCAAAGCGUAAUUUAAGAGUCAUUAUCAGAGCAAGCACAGACAAGGAUUGAGAUUUUCUUUCAUGUUUCUGUUGCACAGAGAUUUACUUCAGCGUGUUGGGUUUUUUCUGAGAGCACAAAAGCACAGUGGGAUAUUUGGGGAAGUCAGCAGGCGGAGACAGAAAAAGAGAGGGUGGGUGGGUAUUGGGAUGAAAUCAGGGUGAAGCACAGACCGAGCGAGGACACAGAGAGCAGGGUCACAGCAGAGACGUCUGCAAGACACCCUCCUACCGCCGGAGCCUGCUGGUGCUUAUAUAAAACUGACACAAAGACUUCCAUUAAAAAUUAUUCCUGCCAAAUAAAUAGUCACUUUUAAACCUUCCAUGCUGAAUGAUUAGUAAGAGUUUCUUUAUGUGAUUCCAGACAAAUAGCUUUAACUACUCGUAGGCUUUUAGGUCAGCUUCCAACUUUCCAGAAACCCCAGCCUUUAUGUUCUUUUUUUUCUUAUUAUUUUGCAUCUUUGUGUACUGGGUGAUGCUCCAGAGUCAAAUGGGUGUCACACCAAUAUUUGUGGUUCAUCUUUCGAGGAGGGUGAGCUGGCUGGGACAGAGGUGGGGAGUUAGUUUUGGGCGGAUAUACUGUGCAGAGUAGGGAGAGUUCUGUGCCAGAGACCUGUGAAUAUGUUCCUUUUUAGCGGAUGUGUAAUAUGCAUUCAGAAGAUGUUAUAUAAGUUCCUUUUUUUUUGUUUUGUGUGUGCGAGUGUGUGUAUACGAGUACCUGGUGCUGGCUACAUUUUAGCAAACACUUGAAGGUAUUGUGUAUUCUCUCAUUGUAAUAUAAUUAAAAUGUUUUAUACAUAAAGUUGCUGCUGCCUUAU